AUGGAUCUGGAUAUGACGAACUACUCUGCGUCGCCUCAGACCUUGGACGUGGCCUCGCAGCAGGAUUCCGGCUCCAGGAGCCCAAAGGCCCAGAGCGGCAGCAGCUCCACUCGCAAGGGUCGAGUCGCGAAGAAACACGACUCCACUACGGCGCUGGCAUGCAACCACUGCAGACUGAAGAAGGUCAAGUGCGUGAUCGAACUUGAGGGUUGCAGAAAGUGCAAGAGGCUCAAUAUCCCUUGCGUGUGGCCCAGUGAAGACAAACGGAAAUGCCCUUCCUCCAAGAAUCACAUCCGGGAGCUUUAUCAAAGGAUUGCUGAUCUUGAAUCUGCUCUUGAGUCGGCGAAAGCGACGCAAAGCUUCGCCGCGCCUAGUCGGCAUCAAGUCACCAGUCCACAGACUCCAUCGACGUAUUCAGCUGUAUCCGUACCAAUCCCGACCCAGGAAGAAGACAACCUGAUCUCCCGCCUCUGUGGGCGCCAAUGGAAGCUCAACAGCGACGAGGAGGGCCAAUACAAGUUCUUCGGCCCGACGUCGAGCUUGCAUCUGACCGAAAGCGUGUCGUCGUCCCUCCUCGGCCCCUGGAGUCGAAGGGGCGUGACAGCCGAUGUCGGUUCCGACGAUCCCGUUGACCCAGAGACCCAGGCACACCUGCUGGAGCUCUACUGGAAGUACCAGCACACUGUCCUACAGGUGUUCGACCGGGAAGAGUUCCUCGAGGGUCUGCGGACGAGACAGACGACGUAUUUUAGCAAAGCACUCUUGUACUGCGUUUAUGCGUGUGCCGCACGGAUAUCCGAUCGCCCGUCGGUUCGGGCGAUGGUCAUCCCUUCCAACGACGAUAUGGAGGACAAGGAGCCGUUCCUCGUGGCCAGCGCAACUCGACUCCUGGAUCAAGAGCUGAAAAGACCCCAAAUUACGACUAUUCAAGCUCUGCUGCUCCUGUCGGUCGUUCACUGUUCGUUGAGCAAGGAUACCAAGGGCUGGCUCCUGACUGGGGACGCUUGUCGAUUAGCUAUCGACCUAGGCCUUCACAGAAAUGGAGAACAGCUUGCGUCCACCAAUUUAUCCCCGAGAGAUAUGAAAGUCCGGCAAAUCACCUACUGGGGAUGUCUGGUUUUCGACAGGCUCUGGGCGCUCUACCUGGGUCGCCCGUCGUGUCUCAAAAGCGAAGAUACCGAACUCCGACACUGCUCUCUCACCCAACUCGACGCUUCGUGGGAGAAAAGGAUUGCCUUCUCGUGGGUCACUCUACUCACGACUUGUGGCCGAAUAUGUGAUGCCCUGAACGAAGAGCAGUGCGACACAGAGACCCUCCAUGCCCUUGACGAACAGCUUCAAGACUGGUACCAAAAUCUCGACCCGGAGCUGCAGUAUUGCAAGGAAGGCCCGGCGUCGAUACUGGUGCUUCACAUGCAGUACUAUUCCUGCAGAAUCCACCUGCACCGCCCGACCGCGGCCUUUGGCGUGCGGACGUCGGAGACCGACGCCACCCAGUGCAACAUGUCGCGCCAGAUCUGUAUCGACAACGCAACAAACAUCGCCCGAACCCUCCAGGACUACCGGAACGUGCACGGGGACGCCUCCACGAUGAGCGGCGUCGCGCUGCACGUCAUCGCCACCGCGUCGACGAUCUUGAUCGCCGACAUCGCGGAACGACGCUCGGCCGACGUGGCGUGCCAGUUCUCCGCCCUCAAGGCAUGCGUGCGCACGCUCAGCGAGCUGGAGAAAACCUACAUCGUGGCGCGCCGGGUGCGCCGCAUCGUCCAGCUCGUGAUGAGACUGUGCCACUUCGAGAGCGAGUACGUGGACUUCCAACAGGCCAACGAGGUCGCCGCCCGGAACCCGACAGACAACAACCACAACAGCCUGUUCAGCAACGUUGUACAGGACGCCGGGGGCGGUGGUGCGGCCGACAGGACUUCUUUCCAGCCCCCCACCGCCAACAACAACAACAACGACGACCACACAGGCCUGCCCAACUUGUCGGCGUACAGUCCGCUCUGCCUCGAUGAUUUCUUGCCGAUCUCGUCGCAGUUUGACAUUAUGUAUAGUCUAGAAUCCCUGUAA